GAAGCGACAGGGCCAAAACGAAGGACAAAUGUUUGGAUCGUUUGGCUGAGAGCCCGAUGAGACGAGAAAUUGAAAAAAAUGAUCGUAAACAGAAUACUACAAAGAGUGGAAAAAAAUGUGAAGUGAAGUUGCCCGCGAAAAGUGUUCUCGAUUAUUGUCGAGAACUUCGAUGUCCUUUGUGCGAGCGAUGUUUUGUAAAUACGAAACUUACUAAUGCAUCACAUCGAACGGGAUUCGACGGACGGUUGGAGAGAUGCCAAAAAACGUAGUGGCUAACUCGUGAUUGAAAACGACCGUUGCGAAUGUUUUACUAAAUUUCCGGGAAGCUCGGAGACCAAAUUAGAAAUAUACAGAGUUUAUGGAAAAUAAACGUAUGAUAAUCGUGGAUUAACGAUCGAUCGAUAUACUCGUGUCGCAGCGAACGUUUCAACGGUCGUUUUGCUCGUCGUGCGUAACGUGCAAGAAUCGCAGUGUCGCAAUGAGUGUAAUAAUCGUGUUCGGUGUUUAGAUUCGAAAUGAUUUAUUAUACGAAUGAAUCGUCAGCUCUGAAUGACGAUCGCUCGAAUGAAAAAUAACUUUCAUUGAUUCUCUCAUUGAGAUGCGAUCAAUCAAUUUCGAGCAAACAUUCAAUAUUUUUAUUGAAACAGUGAAGAUUGUCAAAUAUUUGUGAUGAAAACAGUAUUGAACGACCAACUUGAAACAACAAUGUGCGAUAUUAAUCAAACUAAAUCUCCGUGGACUCGUGAAGUUGGUGAAUUUAUUUUUCUCGCUGUUGCAUCACCCUUGAACGCAAGAAACGAGAAAUAGUGCAAAUCGAAAAUGGUGACUCAGUUACGUUACAUGAAUGAAGAAUUCGAAUGAAUUUUGUGGUUUGCAAUAAAAAUAAUCAUUCGCCUCGCGAAAUUAGGAAAAAUACUCCCCUCGCGACGACGGUACUAAACAAAAUAGCUCCUGACAACGUGGACUUGCGAAAAUGGACUCGAAAAUGGAGGACGUUCGACUCAAAGUCGAGAGCAGUAAGCUAAAAGGAGAAAACGAUGACUUUUUGACUUUACUGAAGAAUUUUUUCCGCCUCUACUGGAAAAACUUUGUUAUAGUAUUAUGGCCCAUUGUUCUUCUUCCCCUGCUGAUAAUAAACAACACAGUGAUGUACCGAUGCCUGUACGUGAUCGUGAUAAUGGCGAUGUUUUGGGUGACCGAAGUGUUGCCUCUGCCGAUAACUGGUCUCAUUCCGAUCGUCCUUUAUCCACUGAUGGGGAUACUGAGCACGAGUAAAACGUGCGAUUGUUACAUGAACGACACGACGAUGAUGUUCAUCGGUAGCCUCGUCAUAGCAGUCGUUAUAGAAAAUUCCGGUCUCCACAUGAGACUGGCUCUCCUCUUCAUAAGGUUCAUCGGUUGCAGUCACAGGAAGCUCAGCUUGGGCCUUUUCUUUGUAACGAUGUUCAUUUCCAUGUGGAUUUCGAACACCGCUGCCACAGCAAUGAUGAUACCGAUCAUGGAGACUGUGCUUGUCGAACUUGAAGCUCAAGGACUCGGCAACAUGUACAUCCAGGAUGGAAGCUCCUCGGUGGAGGAAGGUCAGGAAAGCGAAAAAAGACCAACGAACAGCACGAUGGUUUAUUAUCUGACGGCUGCUUAUGCAUCGAGUCUCGGUGGGAUCGGUACGAUGGUUGGUUCUGGAACGAAUUUAACGAUGAAAGGAAUCUACGAGAGUCGUUUCAAACAUAGUCCUGGAAUCAGUUUUGCCGCUUGGAUGCUCUACUCCGUUCCCCCGAUGCUGCUCAUGGGUUUCCUAACUUGGCUCUGGCUCCAAGUCAUGUACAUGGGACUUUUUCGUUCAAAGAGUAAAGACGCGAAAGCCAUCGAUAUUGGUAAACAAGGAGAAAAAGUUGCAGCUGAUGUUAUCGACAGAAAAUACAAAGAACUCGGACCAGUUACUUGGCACGAAUCUUGCGUCGGUUUUCUCUUCGUUUCCGUUCUUCUGCUAUGGUUCUUCAGGAGCCCUGGCUUCAUCAAAGGGUGGCCAUCCUUCAUCACCGAUCUUCCUGUCAAAGAUUCAACAGCAGCGAUUGGCUUCACCAUACUGUUAUUCAUGAUUCCAUCGAAAUUAGAUUUUCUCAAUGCGUUCAGCAAAGACCCAAGCAAAAGACCGACAAGAGCAUCUCCGGCGUUGAUGAAUUGGAAAACGAUACACGAAAAAAUGCACUGGAGUCUCAUCCUUGUGCUAGGUGGUGGAUUCGCCAUUGCCGCUGGAAGCACAUCCUCUGGCUUGUCCGUUGAGCUUGGCCAAACUCUGCAGGGUCUUCGUUUUAUGAAUUCCAUUGUUAUACUCUUCUUAGUAUGUCUAUUUGCCGAGUCUGUGACUGAAUUAACGGCAAAUGUCGCAGUAGCUAAUAUAAUUUUACCAGUUUUAGCAGAAAUGUGCGUCGCAAUAAAAAUUCAUCCAUUGUUUCUGAUGUUGCCUGCUGGAAUCUGCUGCUCUUUCUCGUUUCAUCUGCCAGUCGGGACUCCUCCAAAUGCUAUCGCAUCUGCAGCAGCUCACAUAAAAACGCGAGAUUUUAUUAUCGCUGGAAUAGGACCGAGCAUAAUAACCCUUGUUGUUACAACUUUAGCAUUUUCUACUUGGGGAGUUUACGUCUUUGAUCUUCACGAAUUUCCUGAGUGGGCUACAAUGUCGUGAAGGAUUAUAGUUUUGUUAAAUUUUUCGAACGCUCUGCACAUAGAAAUCUUUCACCAUCUAGAAUUUCUAAAAUAUCUGUAUUUCUGCCAUUUCCAAUUCUGUCCUUCGAACGGAAUGAUACAGCGCGUCUCGAAAUUCAGUUUUGUACAUAAUUCAACAUACAACCAUUCAUGACCAGUUUUUAAUAAAAAGAUAAUAAGUUUUUAAA